AUGGCGGCAGCAAGUCUUCCUGAUACAUCGGUUUUCGAAAACAUCAUAAUGAAACUGAAAGCUCAGUCGAAACAAGUGAUGGAAGAAGCAGCCGUGAAGCGUUUCGUCUGUGAGGACGGUAACUCGGUGACUUCGCUGUGCGCUACCGUCGAACAGUGCCUGCGCAGCGGCCUGAGAAACCGCAUAUUCGGUCUUUUUGGCAGAGUUUCAACUUUUGCCCUGUUGCACAAAAUUGCUCCCUUUCAUCAGCCAGCUGCUACUGUUCUCCAGUUGACUGUUCAAUCAGAAAAGAGGCGCAGUAUCGAAAGAAGGAUAUCCGAUUCAUCAGAUCCUGCUUCACCAAAAUCGCAGUACUUAUGGAUCCGCAUUGCGCUUACCGAGAAACUUCUUGCCCAGAUCGUUAACUACGUCGUCCACAACGCUGCUGCCCGCAUUUCUGUCAGUGUUUUUUGUCAGUUGGCGCAGUGA